UCCCUUCAAUUCGCAGGUGCGAAGAUCAACCCACCGAAAUGAAGGAAAACGCCUUGAGUGGCCUAGGUUACAUUUUGACCAAGUGCUUUCCUGAUGUCAAAUGGAUUCAGGAGAGGAAAUUUUUCUUUUUCCAGACGUUUGAUUCGAUUUUGAGUAAGGCAUUUUUCAGGUUAGGUGAAUUGAUCGCUGAUUAUCCAAAAUCAUUUAUCGUAAUCCCAGUUUUGAUCACUGUGAUUUCCGUGACGGGGUUCCUCAGGAUGAACUGGAUAGGCCACCCAGAGUUUCUGUUUUCUCCGUUGAAUGGAAGAGCUCGCCAAGAGCGGGACUUCAUUGAGGGAUACUUUAAGAUGAACUACACUGAUUCUUUCAACGAGGAUCGCCUUACUCGCAUUGAUCCUUAUGUUCAACUGGGAAUUACGAUGACAGACUCGUCCAAUAUAAUCGACCAAGAAGUAAUGAACAAAAUACAUUCUAUAGAUGAAAUUGUCAGAAAUUUUGAGUUUCACGACGAAGAAGGCAAAUCGUACACCUACAAUGACAUCUGUGCUAAGGCUGGAGGAGAGUGCGUGAGGCCUCGCUUCAUGGAUUUAACAGACCGCAUACAUGAAGUUAAAACUCGGAAACUAAACUUAACAUUCCCGGUCAUGAUAAAUCCUACAACAUUCGACAAUUAUAUUUUUCCAUUUUUCUUAGCCGGUGUUAAACUCUACCCUGAAAAUUCCAUCAUGUCUGCCGAAGCCAUCAAACUCUCUUACUGGGGAAGUGCCGAAAGCCAAGAGAUGAAACGCUUGAGUCAUUUAUGGGAAGAAAAGUUUAUUGCACACUUCAUGAAAGGCUUUGGAGAGCCGAGUUUGAACAUCGCAAUGUACCACUCAAGAACCGCCUCGCAAGAGAUAAGGAACAACACCCUGUCGGUGUUACCUUACUUUACUGUAACAGUGAUUGUUAUAACAGUCUUUUGCCUGGCCUCCGUCACACUGGGGGACUGUGUCAGAAGCAAGACUUGGCUCGGCUUAGUGGCCAUCUUUAGUUCAACAUUGGCCAGCCUGACGGCGUUUGGGAUCCUCAUGCAUUGCGGCGUUCCGAUGAUCGGCAUGAACAUGGCAGCGCCGUUUCUGAUGUUAGGUAUUGGCAUCGACGACGCCUUUGUGACGCUUUCGGCUUGGCACAGAACGCGUCCUCAGGAUUCGGUGCGGGAGCGCAUGGCUCAAACCUACUCGGAAUCCGCCGUUUCCAUCAGCAUCACUUCCAUCACCAACAUGAUUUCAUUCUUCAUAGGCACCUUCACGUAUUUUUCCUCCGUCAUGGUCUUCUGCCUCUAUCUGGGUACCUCGGUGCUGAUGGCGUACGUGUGGCACAUCACGCUCUUCGGCGCCUGCCUGGCGCUGUCCGGACGCGCUGAGAAGCAGCAGCUCCAUAACAUUACCUGCAAGCGAGUCAAGUCCAGCUCGGAGUCAGCCGGGGAGUCGGCAUUUUAUCGCCGAUUCUGCGCCGGUGGAGUGGCCGCGUCCGACCCUAGCAAUCCUGACGACAACCAACCACCAGCCGUCGUGAUCCUCUUCAGGGACUACGUCGCUCACUGUCUAAACUUGCCAGUAAUUAAAGGUGUAGUGGUGGUGGCGUUCGCAGCGUACUUGGCCGUGGCUGUGUACGGCUGCACUACCAUCAACGACGGCAUGCAGUUGCGCAAGACGGCGCGCUACGACUCCUACUCCAUCCCAUUCUACGACUUCACUGCUAAAUACUUCAGCAGUUUUGCCUACCGCCCCAUGAUUGUCUUCACCGGCAACAUCACGUACAGCGAUCCAGCCAUCGAGAGGCAGUUGCUCGAAUUCGUUGAGAAAGUUGAAUCCCAUGAGUUCAUCGGCGAUGAGUUUUACACGGAUUGUUGGUUGAGGCAGUGGACAAAAUACAUGGCCAAGAAUGGCAAGUACCAAGGAUUGAAUAACAGCGACGAGAAGACCUACAUCUAUAAUCUCCAAGAGUCCUUCUUAAGUGGCGACAUCAACCGCUACCGCGCUGACAUUGUCUUCAGCGAAGACAACAGUCGCAUCGUCGCCUCGCGCUGCCUCGUCCAGUCGGUUAACGUCAUGAACGCCAUCAACGAUCUUCGUCUGAUGCAGGACCUUCGUCAGUGGGCGGACGAGUCUAAAUUCAACGUCACUGUUUACCAUCCUGCGUUCAUCUACUCUGAUCACCUCACAAUCGUCCGCUCUACCAUCCUUAAGGCCAUCGCGUAUGCUGCUUUGACAAUGGUUUUGAUAUGCGUCAUCUUCAUCCCGAACCCCAUCUCCUCCUUGUGUGUCGGGGUAGCCAUCGUGUCCAUCGAAACAGGAGUCAUAGGAUACAUGAGUCUCUGGGGAGUAAACUUCGACGUGGUAUCGAUGAUCCAACUGAUCAUGUGCAUAGGCUUCAGCGUUGACUUCACAGCCCACAUCAGUUAUUCGUAUCUUGCAGCCAAAGUUGACACACCUGAGGAGCGAGUCCAGGAAUGCAUGACGUCAUUAGGAUUGCCCGUCAUGCAAGGCGCGCUCUCGACUCUCAUCGGAAUCCUGCCGUUGAUGUUAAUCCCAUCUUAUAUGUUCACGACCUUCUUCAAAACGGUAUUCUUAGUUAUAUUCUUCGGAACGAUUCAUGGUAUUUUUCUCAUGCCAGUCUUUCUGUCUAUGUUCGAAAGCAUGUUACGCAAUAGAAAAGUUAAAGUUCGCGACGAAGAAGGAAAUCCCAAUGUGAAUGAGUCUCGUGAAAUGGCUUCCAUACGCAACAAGCAGCACAAUCAGUCAGCUUUUAGAUAGCUUAACCUUAGAAUAAGAAGCUGAAGUUAAAAAGUUCCUUCAGUUAAUAUAUCAUUCUCAAAUUGCGAUGGGUUCAUUAAGACCAGACUAAAAGCGUUCGCACUGACGCAGGCCGACGCGUGCGGAAGCUGCGAUAUUAUAUACAUGUGUUUCUACCAGAAUGGCCACACUAAACGCUUACAGGCAGAAGCUGCCUCAAGCGUACAGACGCUAUGCCGCGCCGUGAGUAAUCGACAUUACUCUAGAGUCUAGAGACUAGACAAAUAUUUCGGCGCGGCAACGCGCGUGCACCAUUCAGUGUCCUUGAUGCAGCCGUGAGGGGAGGACAUCGAAGACAUUGAUGAAGACAAAAUAAAGAAGGAAAAUCAAAAACAAGUUUAUUUUAAUUACUUCUUAUACUAAAAAAUUGCACAUGAGUAUCAAGUCUAUCUGUAUUAAGGUUGGACUCGCGACGUUUGCAUCAUAUAUAACCUAUCAAAAUAUUUAUCUAAUUUCACUUGAAUGGAUUCCAAAAUAAGACAAAACAAAGAAAGUAUAUAUGGGAUUUUUUAAUUUCUUUUUCUUUCCCUAUAGAAGUUUCAUCAAUGAGAACGGCUGUUGCGUCUCUUGCUGACACUCAUUUAUACACGCUGACUCGCAGUAUAAGCUGGGCAGUGACGCGGUCCAGCGUCUAGUUUGGACACCAUACGCGCGGCGCGGCGCCGCACUGCUCGAAGCGUCAGCCAGCGUACGUGUGAACACAUUAAGUCUGGCUGUACCCUUGGAAUUUCGACUGGUUUAGUCUAUUUUCUAGGGAUUUCUCCACUAAGCAGGUACGCCCUAACUCCAGAACAUUCGCCUAACAUUCUGAAUUGUCCUAUUUUUAUCCAAAUAUUCAUUUGCAAUCAAUGAUCAGUAGCAAAAAAUACAUUGACUUUGCCUUACAACAGUGAUACUGAAGGAAAUUUGUGCACACGUUUUCUUGAGUCGAAUGAAGCAAUUUAUGCUUUAUCGAGAUCUCUAUUAAUAGUUGUGAUCGGUGUUAUCGAACAUUUCUCGAUCUGCCUACUUUUCGUAGAUAUUCAUAACCAGUAACUAGUGGAAAACGAGUAUGCUCACACUAGUAGUGAAAAAGGUGAAAACUAACAGUUCUGAUGUAGAAUUUCUGAAAAUAAUGAGAUGACAAUGGGCCCAAAAAUUAAUCAAGUGUCACCGCAGAAGGGUUCAUUUGGUGAGACGGAGCUGAAUGAGAAGCAAAUGAAAAAAGAUGGUCAAUAAACCGGAGCUAAAUAAAUCUGUCUAGCUGACCGCUGACCAUUCAUCGGCCACCUGAAAAGCGAAAAUUGCCUAAAAAUCCGCGCUGCUAGAGAUAUUAUCAUACAGACACUUCACUAUAAGACGCUCCAGAGUGCAAAAUGCUGGUGUUGGGACUGCAUGAGCACGGAUUUUACGACAUGAUCCUGAAUCCGUUAACUCUUCGCUGCACUGUGAACACGGGCCAUAAGUAGCAUGAAUUUUAAAAAAUACAUAUUGCGUUGUUCCUCCUGAAAGCUGUAAAAAACAUAAAAAAUUGUCUCCAUAAAAAAGUUUUCAUUGGAAUUUGUAGUAAAAAAUUAGUUUUAAGAAAUAGUAAUAUCACUAAUGAACUUUCAAAUAUCUAAGACUUCGAAAGGCUCCUGAGCGAGCGCUUCACAGUCUUUCCAGCUUUAAUUAUCUCGACUGAGAGAGAUUGGAUAAUAUUUAACUAUCCUCGUCUACGCCCCGCCCCUCUUUGCACCUGCGUGUUAGCAGCCGCUAGUGCGGUCACUGCGGUGUUGGCUCAUCAAUGACGAGUUGUUUCGGUACUCACUAGCUCCGCGCAAAGCUCAAGUUUCAGGGCCAGAGAGGUUGCCAUACGUACCCGAAACUCCUUAUGAGAGUGGCGUGACGUCCUGCAAUUUCGACUCCGAUUAUGGCAAUGGUGAGGCAAAUGGUGGAGAACUCAACCGCAUAGACCGAUCCUGAAUCAAACUGCCCAUGAGCGAAAAAAUUGAAAAUAAAAUACUCGAAAAAUUCAACUCAGGAGUCGAUUAAUUGUGACGAUUAUAGGGAGGCUAAAACUGACAUACAUUAUUAGAAAUAUUGCAAUUUUGGUGUACGGGGUAAUAGUUUACGGCCUAAUUUAUGCACUUGCUGGAUCCACCCUAAAUAAUUUAGUAUUGUUGGCCGUAAGUGCUUCGACGGCACCCAGGAAGCGACCUGUGAAGCGAGCAUGGGCAGUGCGAUAUGCACUGCCCGACGUAUGGACCGACCGACGAGCUUUCCUUAGACUUCAAGCAGAGGAAAAGGCACGUAUCAUCUAAAUUAUUCUGAUCAAUGGUAGUAUGUACUUAUUGCGUGAUUGUCGUAAAGUCGUCUAGGUAGAAUGGGUAUUCAUUUAACAAUAAUUAUAAGUAAAGCCUGUAUAUUAUUUAUUCUUUAAGCAUAAAUAAUUUAGCCUUGUAAUACACAUUUUAUUGGCAUAUAAAACUGUUUGACAAAAAUCAUUCGAAAGGACCAAGUAGGAGGUAUAACACCUGCCGCAAACAAAGCGCUGUACUGUUGGGUUAUACUCCUCUGUAGCUCAGAGACUUGUCUUCUCCAAUUUUUUAGCUCAUGUUUUGGAUUUUCACAAAAAAAUUGCCUCUUUGUAUAAUGUAACUUGUCGUUGACUAGACAAUAAAUGGAAUUCACAGUACAGACGUGCGCGUGUCAUUGUGGUGUAUAUAUUUUUCCGCUUCUUUCUUUACUCGCAAAUAUGUCGCCCUCUCGUACCGUGGAAAAUUUUGGUAAGGGAAGAGAAUGCUUUUGUGUUAUGACUUCCUAUUAAAUGAUACCUAUAAGAAAAAUUAAAAUUAAAGAAUUUUUACUGUGAAUUUUGGAGAGGUCA